AAAGCGAUACUUUAUAAAUCUAUAUUUGCCGCAGAUAUUCUAAAAGAUAACACAAAUACUUUAAUAUAUGCACGCACACUUUUUCUGUUACAGUGGUCUACACGCUCGCGUAUUAUCCAUAUCCGGUACGUCACAAGUACAGAUACAGUCGCAAGUACAGAUCGUUGUAUCCUUACGGACGAUAAGGACUUCCAGUAUCAGCGAUCGCGUGAAUUUCCAUAAGCCAGAAGAGAAAAUUGACGAAAACAGAAUUCGACGUUUCGACAUUUCGCCGUUUUUGUCAGAAUGAAAGGACAACCACAUUUUCGGAGGGAUAUUCUAUCAUAAACGAAACUUUCACGAUACGAAAGUGUGCCGUGCACACAAUCGGAAGUCUCUUCUAUCGAAAAAAAAAACGAAGAGCCGGAGGCUCCUGGAUUUGAAUAUCGAUCAGUUUGCUGACAGAAACGGUCCGCUUGUGGAUUCUGUGAGCGAACCAGAAACCCGGAACCCAUUAAUCAAAUAACUUCUCAUUAAUUAUAUAUGUAGAUAUAAUCGUUGCGUACGUUGUAAUUUAAUUUAUGUGAUAAAGGCUGUCUAAGCCGUUUCCCUUGUUCGCCAUUCGCGACCUUGGCGAGUCCAAAUAUACGUAAGUCCUCAUGAGGAACUUGCAGCCAUGAACAGAUGGUCGUAAUGUUAUAUGUACGUGUGUUAGUUUCUUUAAAUAAAUAAAUGUAAAACUGUUUUUGCAUUUAGCAUUCAUCUGAGUUUUAUUCGAAACACAUUUAAACGAGAUGUUAAUCGCUCCAAAAGAGUAUGUACUCUUUAAUAAUAAUCCAGGACAGUGAGGUCCGGUAAUCGAGGUGGAAAAUCGAUUGGACCAUAUUUGCCUAUCCACUUAUUGGGAAACAUAUUAUUUAUCACUGCACGAGCGACUCUGGAUGUAUGUGACGGGCAUCCAUCUUGUUGUUCCUGGAUAGCGCUAAAAGUAGGAUGAUCCGAAUGUUUUUAAACAUGCAUAACUACAGAGAUUUGAGUGAAAAGUGUUUUGGAAAGCUCUCGAGAUAAGCUACAAGAAUAUGUAAUGAGAAAUAGUAGGUUCUAUUUAAGAAAUUGAAUAUGACCUUCAUGUGACCAUCAAGUAACUCUUCAAGGUCAAACCAAUGAUACCAUCUUAUGUCCCCCUCGAAGCCAUACAACUUUUGUCUGAAACAUUUUUCUCCAAAAUGUCCUAUUUCCGAAAUAAAAGGGCUGUACGGGUGGUCUGAAUCACACUGUAUAUAUAAUUAAUAUUUCUGAUUAAAAUAAUUACAAUUAUAGAUAAUCUUUUAUGUGAAAAUUUAUUGACACGUGGGAAAUAAAAUCAUUAAUUACUUCCGUUAAAUUGACUAAAAACACACGAGAAAGAUACUGCCAGUGACAUCACUCGUCAUUCAAAGCAUCAAGGAAGUAGGAUAUUCUUCACGUCGAUGAUUUCUACAUUCCCACACAAGCAUGCUUUUUAGUUUUGAGAAUCCUCACUAGAUGCUGCUACUAUCUGCAUAUUGUAUUUGGUUAAAGAAACGUCAAGUGACAGUGCAGCUGUUUUGUCGAGAAGAAUUGUCCGAGAGGAUCCAACUAUUUCAGUUCUUUCUUCCGUAAUUUGAAAGAGAACUAAGGUAUGACGGAAUUGAUAUCACAUUAAUUAAUACAGAAUACAAACUGGAAAUCUAUCUUUUAGAAAUAGAAUCAUAGAGGAAAGGUUAUAUCCUUCAGUUCCAGCACAAUGGGAGAGCGGAAGGGAACGAAUUUGUACUAUCCACCGGACUACGAUCCUCGUGCCGGUGGACUCAACAAGUUCCUUGGCACUCAUGCGUUACGCGAGCGUGCUCGCAAGCUGCACAUGGGCAUCCUGAUCAUAAGAUUUGAGAUGCCGUACAAUAUAUGGUGCAACGGAUGCGGCAAUCACAUCGGUAUGGGCGUUCGGUACAAUGCCGAGAAGAAGAAGGUUGGAAUGUACUUCAGCACGCCGCUCUAUCAGUUUCGCAUGAAGUGCCACCUCUGCGACAACCACUUCGAGAUAAAGACCGAUCCUGCUAAUCUAGAUUAUGUCAUAGUGAGCGGUGCAAGACGCCAGGAAAAUCGAUGGGACCCGAAGCAGAACGAGCAGGUAGUGCCCGAGACCAAGGAGGUAUCGUGCAGACUGUAUGACGACGCGAUGUACAAGUUGGAACACGGUAUCGAAGAUAAGAAAGUCGCCAAAUCUCGAGACUCCGCAUUGGAAAGCGCGAUAGCCUCGAACGAAAGUGUGUGGAAGGACGACUACAGCUCGAACUGUGCAGUGAGAGCAUUGUUUCGGGGAAAAAAACAGGCGCUAAAGAACCAGCAAUCCGCGGAUAGCGUGCUACUAAAGAAGACUGGAUUGAAUAUCGAUUUAGUGGCCGAAAAUGAGAGCGACGUCAAAUUAGCUAAAUUACUCGCACAUAAGAAAGACGCAAGGAAGAAGGGCGGCACAGAACUAAACAAACUGCUCUCGAUUGUGCGAGCUAAAAACAAGAGGAGAAGAGUACCCUCUUCGUGCAACCGAUUGCAACUACAAAGUCAGGAAUCGCCAAAAAUACAGGAGAUAACAAACGAUGCCACCACUUCUAAAGCUAGUAGCUCGCAUACAUCCCUAGUGAGUUACGAUAGUUCGGACAGCGAUACCUAAUAUUGUAUAUAUACCUGUCAAUACCUGUCAAGCGCUGUAUAUAUGUACCUGUUGUGUUUAUUAAUAAAAUCUUACAAAAG